UGACCGGAGGUCUAUCCAAUGAAAGCUAAGCGGAGGCGGGCCUCACGACGUGGUAGCUCCGAGGUACUAGCGCCUUGACCAGGCAAGGGAUGUGUCUCCUGCUAGGAGCUGCGGGAGUCGGAAAGACCCUGCUGGUGAAACGCCUUCAGAAGCUGAGCUCGGGAGAUGGCAAAGGUGACCUGGGAGAGCCUCCACCGACGCGGCCCACGGUGGGCACAAACCUCACGGACAUCGUGGCCCACAGGAAGAUCACCAUCCGAGAGCUCGGAGGAUGCAUGAGCCCCAUCUGGUCCAGUUACUAUGGAAACUGCCAUUCGCUCUUGUUCAUGAUGGACGCCUCUAACCCCACCCAGCUCUCUGCAUCCUGCAUGCAGCUCUUGGGCCUUCUUUCUGCAGAAGAACUGGCAAAAGCCUCCGUCCUCAUACUCUUCAAUAAAAUUGACCUGCCCUCUUACAUGACCGUGGAGGAAAUAAAGUCAUUGAUGAGGCUUCCAGACAUCAUUGCUUGUGCCAAGCAGAAUAUCACCACGGUAGAGAUAAGUGCCAGGAACGGCACUGGUUUGGCAACAGUGUUGCUCUGGCUCCGGAAUCAACACAGGCACAGCAGUUGACUGGGAGAUGGAGAAGUAUGGCUGACCUGAGGUGUUUGAUAGGAGCAGGCCACCCAGUGUAUCCGUAAGUGAUGGAGGCCUGCACAGUGACCUGUGAACAAGCACACUCACACACCACUGUCAUCUCACUUCUGAACAGUGGACCCAAGGCAGAGAGGACAGACUGCAGGUGUCAUGUCUGCUGGGACGCCUACCAAGAAACUGGACCUGCUGAGGGUUCUGGACGGCACGGAGCCCAGGUCAUUUUUGUAGUGCAGGCUCUGCCCUGCUGAGUUUUGAUAUCCUGACCAUGUUGCCCAGAAAAAAAAUAUAAAGUUAAUAAGAA